CACUGGCCGCGCGCCGCACGUGACCGCACAGCUGAUCUCCCGGCCCCUCCUCCGGGCCACCGCCGCCGAGUGUCAGUUUCAGCGCCGCCGUCUGCCGUCGUCUCUCGCGUGCCGGCCCGCGACCGCCCGCGCCCCUCUCAGUCCCCGGCCUCGCUGAGCCGGCGCCCGCCGCGGGUCCGAGCGGCUGCCCGGUGCGCAGAUGGCGCAGGCGGCGGCCGCCGGGCCGCCGGAGCAGGGCUGCCCCAUCCGCGUGGAGCACGACCGCCGGCGCCGCCAGUUCACCGUCCGGCUCAACGGAUGUCAUGAUCGGGCCGUCCUGCUCUAUGAGUAUGUGGGCAAACGCACUGUGGACCUGCAGCACACCGAGGUCCCUGACGCCUACCGUGGACGUGGCAUCGCCAAGCACCUCGCCAAGGCCGCCCUGGACUUCGUGGUGGAGGAGGACCUGAAGGCGCAUCUCACGUGCUGGUACAUCCAGAAGUACAUCAAGGAGAACCCCCUGCCUCAGUACCUGGAGCACCUGCAGCCAUGACCCCGGCCCUGCGGGGUGGGGGUACUCCAUGCAGACCUCUCCUCGUCACCUUCGCCUGGCCUUCUGUGGGCUCUCAGGAAACCUGGUCCCCACAGGGGGCAGAGUCAGAGUUAUUUUUGUAAGGACAUUCAUCUGUGACUUCUGGAGGCAGCUGGCCAAGGAUGGGCAGUGGUCCAGCUGCUGAAGCAAGGGGAGGCUGGGUGGCCAAGGUCCCAGCAGCUCCCGCUUUGCAGACACUGGCUUCUCAGGAGGCCUCUGCGGCCUUUUGUGGCCAGGACCAGAGGUGGACAGGGCAGCCCUUUGGCCCAUCUGCCCCACCUGCUGUUCCCUGCUCUGUGAUCACAGGAAGGCGAUUUGGCACCCCUGCUGCCACCUCCUAGAUCUGUGUCCAUCCUGUAGAUGAGGAGGGUGCUCCCCGAGCCAAGAUGAGCAAUAAGAAACCUUGUGUGCCAACCUCCAAGGGGCACAGCCCCCAGCCGUGCUGCCACGGGCUCUGCCCCUGCCCUGUGACUUGUGUGCCAUGAGGGGGCUGGCCAAGGAAAGGGGCAGCCCCCCUGAUGUGUGAGGCCUGUGACGGGCAGACCAGGCACCAGUCCAGGUCCAACUGUGCAUAUGCAAGUGCACACAUACAAACCCGGACGCUGGGUUGGGUAACUGCUGGGUGUUCGCUCCUCGGUAGCCAUUCCCUGAAGUCCCUGCCUCCUUGUCUGUCAGCUCUGCCAAAACCAAGGCCCCUGGACCCCGGAGCUGCCCUCCCUGUCCCCCCGACUGCCAGGAGCCAGCCCCAGGUGUGGCUCCAGCACCGGGGACCCCCACCCCGGUGGCCUCAUGGCCACCCUGUCAGUGGGUUUUCUCAGAGAAGGCCCUUUAGGAGGCAAACUGUCCUCAGAAAAUCCUCCUCACCACCCAGGAGGAAAAAGCAUUUCUGCAGAGGGAUUUCCUGCGCAGCUACCAGCCAUCAGAGCGUCUUUCUCUCUGGUGGUGAACCAGUGGCCGGGCACUUUCUGUUGCCUAUUUAGGGUCCCAGGGCUCCUCUAAGAUCUGCCUUCUGGGUAAUGGCCUGCGAGGUGCACUCCUGCAGCCUUUGUCCUGGGAGCUUCCUUUUGGAGGCUGCUUAGGGCCCAGUGUCCUGCCUCCCUGUGCCGCUGUCCACACGGUCCCAUCCAUGCCUGCUUCCCUGUGGAGCUGAGGCACCGAUUGACAGCUUAUCUCCAGGGAUGACGUACUCCGCAGGCCUCCGGCUGGCAUGGAUUUGGGAGGUGUGGAUGCUGGGGGCACCUUUGUCUGACUGGUGGUGGGAACUGGCCUGUGGUUGCCUGUUUCUCUCACCAACCAGUGUCAGCACUGAGCUCUCCCAGUCCCUGCCCCGCUACAGCAGGGCCCACCCCCAGGCAUUUGCACAGACACCUCUGCACCCAGUGGCAGUAAUAUGUCAUCUGCACGUGCAUACAGGCCUGGUGGUCUGCCCACCAGGGGUCUUUGUGCCCCAGAGUCACCGUCCUUAGCAACCCACCCACUCUCGUGGCCCAUGCCUAGCUCCUCUCUGGCCUCAGGAGCUUGCCCGGAGGCCGAGGGCACCCCUUGCCUUCCCACUGUACUCCUCAGCUCUAUCUGCAAAGGCCUAUUGUAGGGAGCCCAGAAAGCCCCUGGGCCUCCACUGUGCUGUGUGUCGUGGGCCUGGAAGUGACUGUCAGGAAGUGGGCUCAGCUGCUGGGCCGUCAGGCCUUGGGGCGUCCCACUGAAGCAGAGUGAGUUGUAGGCCCCAGUGGACAGAUGGGCCUGGGCCUGCUCCAUCCUCACCAUCCUGGGACCCCCUUUCCCUCCCUCUCCAGGACCACCCCCAUCCACACAUGCCUCCCCAAGUUCAAGCACAGACUCUGUCAUGAAAAGCUCCCCCACAGCGAGCUAGUGCUGUCCCUCCCACAGCCUACAGGGUGAGGUGAGCCAGCUGCAGGAGGGCACUUGGCCCUGGUGCCCUCCCAACCUGUCCAUGGGAGGGUGCCCUGCAGGGGUGGCACACAGGACCCCAGGGGAGGCCCCUGUGUGAGCAGGCCAGAGGAGCAAAGAGCCAGGUGGCACCAGGACAGCAGCCCUGUCCCUAUCCCCAGCCUGAACUCGUGUCCGAAUAGCAGGUGACUACUGAGCCCAGCCAGCAUGCACAACAGUACUUGAACCAGGAGAAGCACAGGAUCUCAGAGGGACUCCUGUCCCCAGGUCCUGCAGGUGUGACCUGGGCUGCCUUAAACUGUUGCUGCCAUCACUGCAGGGGUCUCUGCUGCUGUGGCCAGGCUGGCCCUCAGGCUCCGGCAGAGCCUCAGGGCAACAGCCAUAGCCCUCUCUCCCAGGCAGGUGCCCUGGUCUGUUGCAGAUGCCCCUGCAGGCCCCAGUUCACCUCAGCCUGUAUACCUGACUCCAUGGCCACUGGCCUGCCCUCAGUGCUACCCUGUCUGGGGCCCCAAGCCUCACCCCACCCACCCGGGGAUGCUCCAGGAGCCCUUCCUCUGGAGGCAGGCCACAGGGACCAGUUCACACCGCCGGCAAGAGCAGAGGGACACUGCUAAUCUGGGGCCCCCUCCCAGUAGCCAGUAGCCCCCAGGCUACGGGCUCUUCUGCCAUGUCUCGCUUGUGUGUUUCUUUCCUGCCUGGUCAAAAUAGAUGGCAACUCAUGUGCCUUUCCUACUCAGGACCUGUUCCAGGUGGUGUCUGGGCCAGGGUGUCUCCAGACCCACACCCUUUGUUAUUUUUCAAAGUCCUAAACAGAUUGCAUGAUGUACAUUGCAAUAAAAGAUAAUGGCCUAGCA